GCGCGCACCGCGCACGACCGAAUCCCAGUUUGACGUUGCCUCGCGCGAUAUCAACCUGAGCUCGGUCCGAAGGUGUCGAUCGCUCGUCACGUCUCGACGCGAUCGUUUCAAACACACUAAAAAAAAAAAGAAAAAAAAGCCCCCCGCCCCCGUAGCGGCUGAGAGAUCGCGCGCGGGCGCAUCAUGGACGCGUCCGCGCCGCUUCUCACGAGGACGCGCCGCCGAUCCGGCGCGGUCACGACCGCGCAGAAAUGCAUCGCCGCGAUGUGCGCGCUCUCGUGCCUGAUCGCGAUCCUCGCGAGCUCCGGCGCGCUCGCGCCGCUCGCGGACGUUCGCCUCGGAUCCGCGGGCGCGAUCUUCUCGAAGUCGACGAGGAACGACGUCUACGACAAUUCCCCCGCGACGCUCGGAAGCGCCGCUCCGGAGUACCGCCUCGGGUACGCCGCGGGCCGGAAGCAUCACAAGCUCGGGAAGGCGCACGGCGACGUCGUCGCGCGAUCGCUCUUGGGCGAGGACGCGACGUCGGACUCGAAGGCGAUGUUUCUCGAGGGUUUCGAGAAAGGACUCGACGAGGUCAUCGAUCAACUCGUCGAGCACACGGGCACCUCCCCCGAGCAGUUGAAGGCGGAAGCCACCAAAAAAGUGGAGGAAAUCGCCGCGAGCAACAAGGAGCUUCUCGCCGCGGAAGAGCGCCAUCGCGCGAAGGAGGCGGCGAUCCAGAAGGAGCGCGAAGAAGCCACCGCAGCCGCGAAAGCGGCGGAGGAGGCGAGACUCCAAGCGGAAGCGGAUGCGAAAGCCGCCGCGGAUGCGAAAGCGAAAGCCGAGCUCGAACACAAGAGAGAGAAACAAAGGCUCGCCGCCGAGGCGAAGGCUGCUAAGGAUGCCGCCGACGCCGCCGCCGCGAAAGCGGAGGAGGAAGCCGCCGCCGCGAAAAAGGCGCUCGCGAAAGAGCUCGCGAGGCAAGCCGCGGAGAAGGCAGCCGCGAAGCGGGCCGCGGAAAAACUCGCCGAGGAAUCCAAAGCGCGCGCCUUGGCUGAAGCGGCGGAGAAAGCCGCCGCGGAAGCGGAAGAAGCCGCGCGAACCGCGGCAGCGGAAGCUAAGGCUGACGCCGAAGCCGCCGCCGCCAAGGCGAGAGCGGAAGCGGAGGCGACUGCCGCCGCGGAAGAGAAGGCGCACGCUGAAGCUCUCGCCGCGAAAGAAGCGGAAGAGAAGGCUCACGCCGAAGUUGUCGCCGCGAAAGCCGAGGCGGAUAAAAUCAUCGACGAGAAGGCUUCCAAGGACCAAGCCGCCAAGGAAGCCGAAGAGGCCGCCUCCGCCGCGAAAGCGGCGGAGGAGGCUGCCGCCAAGGAAACGUCCGCUUCCACGACCGACCCGUACGACUACGGCGACUACGGCGACUUCUUCGACAACUUCGAAGCCGAAAUCCACGGUGACGAUUACGCCGCGUUCGAAUACGACGACGAAUACGAAGAAGCCUACGCUGAUAUGCCCGAGGUGAGUGACGAGGAGCUGGCAGCCGCCAACGCCGCCGCGGAGCAAGCCACCGCGGCCGCGAAGGCCGCCGAUGAAGCGAUCGCGAAAGCGCACGCGGACGCGGAAACCGCGAAGGCGGCUGCUUUGAAAGCCGAGGAAGCCGCCGCCGCCGCGGACGACAAAUCUAAGCCUGAAUCCGUAAGGAUCGCCAAGGAAGCCGACGAAACCGCCGCUACCGCCGCUGCCGCCGAGAUCCAGGCUACCCAACAGGCGGAAGCGGGUCGUGUCGCGGCCGCGGAAGCGGUAGCGAAGGCGAAGCGCGAAGCCGCGGUCCAAGCCGCGGCGGCCGCCAAGAAGAAAGCCGAAGCCGACGCCGCCGCCAAGGCAGCCGCGGAUAAAGCCGCCGCGGAAGCCGCGCGACUGGAAGAGGAAGCGCAGGCUGCCGAAGCCGCCGAGCAAGCCGCCGCCGAAGCCGCCGCGAAGGAAGCGAGAGAAGAAGCCGAGCGCCUCAAGCUCGAAGAAGCCCAGAAGCAUGCCGAGGCGGAGAACGCGAAGAAGGAAGCCCAGCUCAAAAUCGCAGAGGCAAAAAAAGCCGCCGCGCUCAAGGCUCUGGAAGACGCGAAGCUCGCCGCGGAAGCGGAAGCGCGCACGAAAGAGCUUGAGCUUGAGGCGCUCGCCAAGGAAGCUGCGGCGAAGGCGGAAGCGGAAGCCAAGCAAGCCGCCGCUGACAAGGCUGCCGCUGACGCGGCCGCCGCCGAAGCGGAAGCGAAGGCUGAAGCCGACAGACUCGCAAAGGAAGCCGAAGAGGCCGCCGCCGCCGCGAAGGCGGCGGAAGAGAAAGCCCACGCCGAAGUGCUCGCCGCGAAAGCGGAAGAAGAGGCUGCCCUCCGGAAAGCCCAGGCUCUCGCGAAGGAAGCCGCGGACCGGGCUGCGGCGAUGGAACGCGAAGCCGCGCUCAUCAAGCUGCAAAAAGCCAAAGCGGAAGCCGCGGAGAGGGAGCGCAUCGCCGCGGAGGAGAAAGCCAAAGCGGAAGCGAAGGAAAAGGCCGCCGCCGACGCGAAAGCCGCCGCCGAAGCGAAAGCCGCCGCGAAAGCGAAAGCCGCGGCGAAAGCGGCUGCGGCUGCCAAGGCUGAGGCGGAGGCGCACGCCGCCGCUGUCGCCGCGAAAACGAAAGCGGAUGAAGCCGCCGCGAAAGCGGAGCAGGAACAGGACGCGACCGCUAAAGUGGCUGCCAAAAAGGAAGCCGCGAGAGCGAAAGCCGAGUCUGAAGCCGCCAUCGCCGCGGAAGCGAAAGCCGCCGCCGCCUCCGCCGCCGCGAAAGCGGAGAAGGAAAAGGCUGCCGCGGCGAGCGCGCACGCGGAGACGGUGUCCAAGCACCUCUCCAAUGUCGCCGCGAAGAAAACCGCACUCGAGGCCGUGAACAAGGCGCUCGCCGAAGCGGAAUCCGCGGCGAAAGCCGAGGCGGCCGCGAUCCUCGAGAGCCAAUCGAAGAUCGCCGCCGCGGAGAAGGCGAAGGAGGAAGCGACCGAAGCCGCCGCCGCGGACGUCCGAGCGAAAGCGAAGGCCGAAAAGGCGGCCGCGGACGCCUCUAUCGCGGCCGAAGCCGCCGCGAAAAAAGCCGAAACCGCCUCCGCGUUGGUCGCGAAGAAGAAAGCCGUGCUCAAGGAGGCGAAAGAAAAAGCGAAGAACGUCCUCGCGGCGAUCGACGCCGGGACGACGCCUGAGCAGAAAUUGUACGCCGACGCGACGCGGGACGCGAAGAUCGCGACGACGCACGCGGAGAAGGAGUCCGCGGAAGCGAAGUCGAGCCUCACGAAGGCGAUGAAGGCGAAGAUCGAAGGCGACGACGCCGCCGCGGCCGCCGCGAUCGCGGACGCGAAGAUAGAAACCGCGCACGCGUCCAAGGCGUUCGUCGAAGCCGCCGCGGCGGAGACUCGCGCGGCGAAAGAGUUCACCGGCGCCGCGACGGACAUCGACGAAGCGAUCGACGUGUCGCACAUCACCUCCGCGGAGAAAGCCGCGGCCGACGCGCUCGAGGCGAUGAAAGCCGCGAACGCGAAGAAAGAAGAGGCCGAAGCGAAGGUGGCGACCGCGAAGGCGAACGCCGCGCGCGAAGCCGCGCUCAAGCUGGCGGCGGACGCGAAGGCGGCCGCCGCCGAAAAGGCGCGCGUCGAGGCCGUCGCGGACGCCGCGCACAAGGCUGAAGCCGCCGCGGAGGCUGCGGAGAAGCGCGCGCGAGAGCAAGCCGCCUCCGCGGAGGCGAUCGCUGCGUCGGACGCGUCCGCGGAAGAAAAAGCGACCGCGGAGGCGAUGGCCACCGCCGCGAAGAAGGCUGCCGCCGCCGCCGCGGAGAAGAAGGCGAAGGCGCACGCCGACGCCGACGCCGCGGACGCGGCUCACGCGAAGGCGACUGAAGAUGCUGACAAAGCGAAACAAGUCGCGAAAGCCGCGGUCGCCACGGCGAAAGCGGCGAGAGCCGCGAUCCCGGUCGUGCACCCGUACGUUCCCCCCGAGGAUCCGGAAGGCAAGUAUCCCGGGACGGAAGGCUGCCAGGCCGUCUGCGAGGGCGUCCACAUCGAUCAACACACGUGCCAGAGCAAGAGUUACUGCACGUGGAUGGAGGGUUUGUGCUGGAGCGCCGUCGGAAAGGCGGCGACACGCACCACGACGACCAUUACGGAUACGACGUCGAGUACGGGGAUCACUACGGGGAUCACUACGGGGAUCACUACAGCGGCAAUGUAA